AUGUGGGUCCAAGAGAUGAUGAUCGGGAACCACGACGCCUUCGUCGACAGCUUUCGAAUGUCCCGUGAGACAUUCCUCAUGCUAGACGACGAGCUUGUUGACAAAGCUGGGCUUCAGGCAACUAGAAGAAUCAGCUCCGUUGAACAGCUUGCAAUGUUCAUGUACUUUGCUGGGCACCAAGCAACAAGCGCCAACCUCCAGCAACGGUUCCAACUCUCGGGCGAAACCAUCACACGUCACCUUUGGCGAGUGCUCUAUGCUGUUAAGCAAUUGACCCCCACGUACAUGGCUUUGCCACUUGCAAACUCCCCGACACCGGCAUUUAUGGAGAACAACCUUAAGUUUACGCCGUACUUUUCGAAAUACCGCAUGGUGAUUGACGCCUGCAAUUUUGACCUGCAUUUUACCUACGUGCUGGCGGGCUGGGAGGGGUCAGCCGGAGACGGCGAAGUGUAUGCCGAUGCACUGGAGAAAGGCUUGACAAUGGACGACGACAAAUACGACAUUGCUGAUGCGGGCUUUGGUUUGACCCUGCGUUGCCUCACACCAUACCGAUGUAUUCGGUACCAUUUGAAAGAGUACAGUUUGGGACGCUUGAAGCCCCAACGCAAAGAUAAGAUUUUCAACCUCCGACAUGCCCAAGUUCGAAACUGCAUUGAGCGAAUAUUCGGCAUUGUGAAGAUGCGAUUUCCCGUUAUGUCGCAUGGGGUUCGUUACGAUUACGGGUUCCAGGUGGAUCUAGUUAUUGCAUUGUGCACGCUUAACAACUAUAUUCGCAUCAGUGGUGUGGAUUGCGGUGUCUUUGAAGCUCAAGCCGCAGCACUGAUUCGACAACAGCGUGACAUGCCAUUGAAUCAAAAUGAGAGACCACAAUUUGCGAACGAACCUGCUAGCGAAGAAGCCAAACGAGCGACGUUCGCUGCCGUUUCUUUUGGCGUUCCUCGGUGGAAGCGCUUUGACGUGCUCUUCCUGCGUCAACUUGGUUUGACGGCACUUCGUCAACUUGUGCUGGAGGGGGCACAGUCGACGCAGUCGCGAAUCGGCCCGUUGCCAUUGUCCCCCUAA